AUGUCCUACCCCGGCGAGUCGUGCGGCGUGAGCUGCCCGCAGCCCAUCGCCGAGAGCUCCAACGAGCCGUGUGUGCAGCGGUGCCCCGACUCCCGAGCCCUGAUCCUGCCGCCACCGGUGGUGGUGACCAUCCCGGGCCCCGUGCUCAGCACCUUCCCUCAGGAGAGCGUUGUGGCAUCGUCGGGCCCGGCCUGGCUGGGGCCUUCCUUCAGUUCCCGCAGCGCCGGGGGCUCCUUUGGCCUGGGAGGUUCCCGGGGCUACCUGGGGGGCUCCUCUGGCUAUGGGGGCUCCUUUGGGUCUGGCGGCUCUGGGGGCUCCCAGGGCUACCUGGGGAGCUCCUUUGGCUGGGGACCCUAUGGAGGUUCCCAGGGCUAUGGGGAGUCCUUUGGCUUGGGGGGCUAUGGGGGCUCCCUUGGAUAUGGGGGCUCCCGGGGCUCCUGGGGCUCCUUUGGCCUGGGAAGCUGUGGGGGCUAUGGGGGCUCCCAGGGCUUUGGGGACUCCCUUGGCUAUGGGGGUGACAAUGGCUAUGGGGGCUCCCUGGGGGGCUAUGGGGGCUCCCUGGGGGGCUAUGGGGGCUCCUUUGGCAAUUGCGGGAGGUCCUACAGCUCCGGCUUCUCCUCGCGGGGCCUGGGCUAUUCCCUGCCUGGCUCCCAGAGAUGGGGCAGGUCCCGCCGCGGGAGCUGUGGGGUUUUCUAA